AAACAGUCAUCCAUCGAAACAAAUCAGAAGAGGUGCGACAAUCGAAGGAACACAUCUAGUACUCACAAUGAAGCAAUUUAUUUCCAUUCUAGCCAUGGUUGCCAUGGCAAUGGCAGAUGAAUCGAGCGUACAAAGACUCCUCAUUGAUGCAACUAAUCAUUUCACCGCUAAAAUGUUUACUGAAGUCGCAAAAGAGAAUUCCGGCAAGAGUGUUGUAAUGUCCGGUUUCUCAGCGAUGGCACCUCUAGCUCAACUGGGCUUAGCCUCAGUUGGCAUAACACAUGACGAAAUCUUCGAAGUCAUCGCCCUACCUAAUGAUAAUGCUACCAAAGAAGUGUUUUCUUAUGUUAGCCAGGACGUACGGUCGGUAAAAGGAGUCGAUUUGAAGAUAGCCAACAGAAUAUUCCUUCCAGAAGAUGUUGAACUAAAUGAGGAAUUCGGUGUAGUUUCUAGGGACGUAUUCCAUUCAGACAUAAAGCAAGUUGAUUUUGUUAAGAACGUUGAAGCUGCUGCCACUAUCAACUCUUGGGUUGAGGAUAACACUAACAAACGGAUCAAGGAUUUGGUCGACCCUCUCUCUUUAGGACAUGACACAAAAGCUGUUCUCGUAAAUGCCAUCUAUUUCAAGGGCACCUGGAAGAAGAAAUUUGACUCUGGACUAACGACAGACCGUGAUUUUCAUGUAACAAAAGACAAAACUAUUAAAGUUCCCACAAUGGCUAAAACAGAUGACUUCAAAUACGGCUACAGUCAGGAAUUAGAUGCUAAGCUCUUGGAAAUUUUCUAUGAAGGAGAAGAAGCAUCACUCUUAAUUGUUCUCCCGAAUCAAAUUGAUGGACUAAAAGCUCUUCAAGAGAAAUUGAAAGACCCCAGCGCUCUGGAGAAGGCCACAGAAAAGAUGUACACCACUGAAGUCUCUGUGUAUCUCCCCAAGUUCAAGAUUGAAACCACAAUUAACCUAGUAACUGUGCUUAAAAAUAUGGGGAUUAAAACCUUAUUUGACGACAAAAAGGCUAGACUGGAAAAGCUUCUUAAAAACUAUGACGACGGUUUAUACGUCAGUGAUGCUAUCCAGAAGGCGUUCAUCGAAGUAAAUGAAGAAGGAGCUGAGGCAACUGUGGCAAGUGUUUACGUAAUAUACUACAGAACAGACAGAGCUUAUGUGCAAAAUGUUCAAUUUGAUGCAAAUAGACCUUUCAUCUUCGCGUUAAAACUGAAAAAUAUAUUAUUAUUUAUGGGUAUUUAUAAUUAAGGAAUAAAAACCUUAUUGUAAUAUGUGCUGUAUUGUAAAAUAAAUAAUAUGAUAAUCUAAUACGAUUUAUGAGUGAGUAUUCAUAUAACACUUUAUUAAUUUUAGGAAUGUCUGAAACCUUUCGACAUUGCCAUUCCUAUGUGUAUAUUAUUAGUUGUUAAAAUAUGUGUAUUAAACUUACCGAUAGUCGGAUUCCCAGUCUAAAUUCCAGUUGAUUUUGAGUUCUACUCACUAAACAUUACGAUUUAGAAAUAAAUGGGGAAAUUUGACAUAAAAAAAAACUUACAUUAAGGGAAAUAUACAAAUAUAUAAAGUGAAACCAUUUUUAUUAAAAAUAUAUAAUUUCAAAUAAGAUUCAAAGUCAACGUGAGGAUAACGUUUUGUAAAGUCUUCUGAGCUAAAAGGAAGCUCAGAUAAACCGCUGUUUUCAACCUGAAAUAUAUUUAUUCGAAAUGAAAGGACUAUAGAACGAUUAACUUAAAGAAAAAAGUUUUAAUAAUCACCUCCAGAGAAAAUGUUUUCGUAAAGAAAAACUAGAUUUAUAUAUUUACCAGUAGUACGCAAUGACAGACAAGGAGAAUCUGAAACAAUUCCAUUCAAUGCAAAUAGACAAUCUAUGGGUUAGAACUAAAAAAGAAAUUCGUAUUUCUGGACAUUUUUCAAAUAUUAAUUAAUAGUUUUAUGGUAUUGUUAUAUUAUAAGAGCAAAACAAAUCGAUUCAAUUAGAAAAAUAUCAUUUAAGUUAUUUGAAAAAUACAAAAAAAUUGGAAAUGUACCUCGUUUUCUAAUGCCCUUUUGGUCACUGAAAAUACUUCACAAACGAAUUACAGGGCGUCAAAAAUGCUGAUAUUAUAGCCGAUUUCUUUUCUGAGUAAAUUGGUAAAAGAUUAAAUGUUAAGACGUAAAAAAUACAUAUAGGUACACAAAUAAGUAGAGAUGCGCAUAUUCGUUCGCUUUUCCAUAUUCGGCGUAUUCGGUAUCACUCGGUGGCGUAGUGGAUUAGCGCCGCGGCCCGCGAUCGUUGUUGUUAAGCAAUUUUCGCUAUGGUCGGUCACAGGAUGGGUGACCAAAAAAAAAAAUAUUAUCUCGUGCUAUUCCGUGCUUCGGAAAGCACGUUAAGGCGUUGGUCCCGGCUGCAUUUGCAGUUGUUGAACCCUCCAAUCCGCAUUGGGCCAUCGUGGAGGAUUAAAUAUUAUUAUACAUGAUUAUAUUUAUUUUAUAAUACAGCGCAUACUCAAAACUGUAUUUGCUUGUGAAAGAAACAACUCUGUAAUUAAUUCGUUACAAUGAAAAAUAUACGUUAUAACUUCUGAAACU